AUGGUGAGCAACCAGGAUGGGCUAGGAACAGAGAGCUUUCCCAAACCAGAUUUUGAUGCGCCUCACGAAAUGAUGCUUGAAAUACUAAGCUCGCAGGGCAUUGGUUUUAGCGCGAUCCAUAUUGACCCUAGCUUCGAGCAUGAAAAGUCAGCUGGCAGAAAGCCGCAGCUCGGCAUGGUGCUGGAUUAUCUGAAAAGUGGUCAGCUUGACCUGACCACCAGCUGUGUCAUCGGCGAUCGACAAUCUGACCUUGGACUAGCGGAAAACAUGGGUAUCGCCGGUCACCGGAUUGGUCCGGAUGGCGUGACUUGGCCAGCCUUGCUGCAGCAGUUGCUCGGUCAACAACGUACGGCCGUAGUACGACGAACGACGCAGGAAACCGACAUCGAGGUCAAUAUCAACCUGGAUCGCGUCGGUGAGGUGACGAUUGAUACGGGCAUUGGUUUCUUUGACCACAUGAUAGAACAGCUCGCGAAGCAUGGUGGCUAUUCAUUGUCGCUAAAGUGUCAUGGUGACUUGCACAUCGAUGAACACCAUACGGUUGAGGAUUGCGCCCUCGCUCUAGGGCAGGGAUUGCGCGAGGCCCUGGGUGAUAAGCGUGGAAUCGGGCGCUAUGGCUUUGUCCUUCCCAUGGAUGAAGCGCAGGCGCAGGUGGCGGUCGAUUUGGGUGGUCGUUCGUAUUUGGUGUGGGAAGGUGAGUUGCCGCGUGAGCAGGUGGGUCAGUUGCACACCGAGAUGGUGCCGCACUUUUUCCGUUCGCUAGCUGACGCCCUAGGCGCAACGAUUCAGAUCAAAGUCGCUGGCGACAAUACCCACCACAUGAUAGAGGCAGCCUUCAAAGGUGUGGCCCGGGCGUUGCGACCAGCUUUGGCUCGGCAGGGGAGCGACUUGCCAAGCACCAAGGGAAUGUUGGCGUGA